AUGACGCGCGCACAGCAGACCAUCAGCAUUGCGAUGCUCCUGACCUCCCUUUACCUCGCGGUGUUCAUGGAGCUCAUCUCUUUCCCCGAGAAGUUCCAGAAGGAGGUUGUUCCUGUGAUUCCCUUCUGGGCACUCAUUUCGUUCGGCGCAUACCUCCUCUUCAAGCUCGGCUGGGGAGUCUUCACCUUCAACGAUGUGCCGCAGGCGCAUGCGGAAUUGAUGACGCAAAUCAAAGAGGCACGAGCCGACCUUCGGGCUCAGGGUGUUGACGUUGGUGCCGACGACUAG